AUGGCCAAACGGUUUGACCUAGAUGGCAAGGAGAUCGCACCUAUUAGGAUGUGUAUUAUAGGAGCAGCCGGUUUCAUUGGAUCGCACCUAUGCGAGGCUUUGAUGUGGGAAACCAACCAUGUAGUGGUGGCAGUUGACAUGUACAAUGACAAGAUCGAGCACCUGCUGGGUGAUUCUCAUCCAUGGAGCGGUCGGAUGGAGUUUCACCAGUUUAACAUCAGCAAUGAUCCGCGUCUUGAAGGCAUUAUCAAGUCAUGUGACUUGACGAUUAAUCUGGCUGCCAUCUGUACUCCAGCGGAUUACAACACCAGGCCGCUGGAUACUAUCUACAGCAACUUCGUCGAUGCUCUCCCCGUGGCCAAGUUCUGCUCAGAUUUCAAAAGAAGACUGAUUCAUUUCUCCACCUGUGAGGUCUAUGGCAAGACGGUUGGAGCCUUUUUGCCUCCUGACAGCAUUAUGCGCAAUGAUCCCCAGUAUUAUGUGCUGAAAGAAGACGAAACGCCUUGCAUUUUCGGGCCUGUGCAAAAGCAACGGUGGUCAUACGCUUGUGCGAAGCAGCUCAUUGAAAGGGUCAUCUAUGCUGAGGGGGCUGAAAAUGAUCUCAAAUUCACCAUCGUCCGCCCGUUCAACUGGAUUGGUCCCCGUAUGGAUUUUAUCCCUGGAAUUGAUGGCCCCAAGGAUGGCGUGCCUCGCGUUCUUGCUUGCUUCAGCAAUCAACUUUUGCGCGGAGAACCCCUUAAGCUGGUUGACGGUGGCAAGUCACAACGCACCUUUGUGUACAUCAAGGAUGCAAUCCGCGCCGUGAUGCUUAUGAUUGAGAACCCAGAGCGGGCAAAUGGGCACAUAUUUAAUGUCGGGAACCCCAAGAACGAGGCUUCUGUUCGUGAACUGGCAACGAUGAUGACGAGGAUCUAUUGCAAAGUGAGCAAGCAAGCAGAGCCUGCAACACCCACAGUCGAUGUUACAUCAAGUGAUUUCUAUGGAAAGGGCUAUGAUGAUAGUGACCGGCGGAUUCCAGACAUGACGCUUAUUCAGCAGCAGCUGGGUUGGGAGCCAGAGACUUCCUUGGAAGAGUUGUUGGAUGUGACCUUGACAUACCAGUACAGCACAUAUGCUGAGGCUAUCCGGCGAGAGCGGAUAAGAUCCCGAUUGAGUGGAUGCUGUUUAUUGCAUGCGGAGGCAGCAUACUGGGCGAACAUGGUUAACAGAAAGGCGUCCCUAGGGGGUCACCUACAGCCCAUGCUGAAGGAUUUCCACCACAUGCGCAUGCGCGUGCUCAUUCCCACGUACCCGUGCCCCUAUGAGGAGAGGGUGGGAGCGUGGGGCGUGGGAGGGAAGUGGGUGUGUUUAAUUCCAACAGCCGUUCAAGCCAAGCCCAUAGUCUACAGUGUGGGCAGUGAUGAGGAGAGCUCUUUUGAAGAGGCCAUGUUCCGCCACUACCGCUCGCAGCCCUACACGCUCGACCCAUUCCUCUCCUCGCAAGCCCAGGCGCGCAUGCAGCUGCUGCGCUUCCUGCACUUCCACCCAGUGGGCCUCUCAGGAAGGGCAUCGUUAGGCGACUACCAGAAGUGGAACCCGAACGUGACUUUCCGCACUCUGCCUGAGCUGAUGCAGGAUCUCAACCAUACAUACAUCGACAUUCUGAAGCUCAGCUGUGGGGGGUGUGAGGAGGAGGUGAUAUUCGAUGUGUUUGAGGGCAAUGUGAAUGGGACAGCAGCAGAGGGAGUGGGAAGGGGCAUGCUGGAGAAGAGGGUGAGUCAGUUCCGUGGAGGAGUGAGGAACUAUGAGGAGGGGAGAGAAGAUGCAGUGGACCCAUCCGUUGGUGCUCGGCUGGCCAUCAAUGGAGGGAAGCUUCCUUUCGGUCAACUCAUUGUCGACUUUCAUGAGGCCGAUGAGCCUCAAGAGCUUCUUUCCUUGGUUUAUUCUUUGGAAACACUUGGAUAUCGGAUUUGCGCAAAACUCAUGCUGGAAUCUGAGCUGCAUGGCUUCUCAUCUGGAUGCCGAACGACGUUGGAUUCCAAGCUCCUGAAAGCUUCAUUGUCCAUCGGCUGGAGCAGCGGCGGAGGCUCGGCAGCGUCGCUUCCGUACCAGCCACCCAGCCUCGGAUGGGCUGCGUUUCUGUUUCCCAGCAUGAGCGGCAUUGACGCGGCUAUCUGCCGUGCAGAGGAGAAUUACUGGGAGAACCUUGUGCUGAGACGGAAGGCGUGCAAUGGAACGCUAUUCCCACCACCUGCACAGUACACACCUGUCCUGAUGAAGACCGUUGUGCUCAUCCCCACGUACCCGUGCCCGGCGAACGAGCGCAUUGGGCAGUGGGGGGACGGCGGAAAGUGGACUUGCCUUCUGCCAGGCGCCAUUCAGAAGGACCCUGUCGUGUACAGCAUUGGCAGUCGCGGGCGGUACUCAUUCGAAGACUCCAUUCACAAGUUCCUGCGCGUGCAGCCCCACACGUUCGACCCCUUCCUCACUCCCGAAACCGCCGCCUCCAUGCAAAACCUCUCCUCCCUCCAUUUCCACCCCAUCGGCCUCUCCGCAAACUCCUCCCUCCAAAAUUACCACAAGAAAUUCCCUGAAAUGCAGUUCCUAACUCUGGGCGGGAUUAUGGAUAUGUUGAAUCAUUCGUAUGUGGAUGUGUUCAAGAUUGACUGCGAGGGGUGCGAGGAGGCGGUAAUUACGGAGAUAGGAGAGGCGAAUGGGUACACGGCAUCGCAGCUGAGUGUGCACGGGGGGACGUUACCGUUCGGGCAGAUCUUGGUCGAGUUUCACCAAAUGCACCACCCCCAGGUCAUCCUACCACUCAUUUACACUUUGGAGAGGCUUGGGUAUCGCAUGUUCAGCAUCGAAUUCAACCAACAGUGCUUGAAAUGCUGUGAGAUGAGCUUUAUUCACGAGAGCCUCGUGCGGCCAGGCAGUGACAAAGACUGCCGCCCGUUUCUGUCUUCAGAAGUGUUUGUAAACAAGGAUGAUGCAGAUGCUGUGAUGCAGGAGAAGAUGGGUUCAGCAGGAGGUGACCUGGAGGAACCGGGUAGAGGAGGUUAA